GCCUAAAAGUACACAUCGCUUUGUUCAUAUUUGACAUUUUCUCAACACUCUCUCUAAUCAACUUGGGGAAACAUUCAAUGCCCUCUUCUUCUCAUUGACAUCCCAUCACCUCUCUCUCUCUCUCUCUCUCUCUCUCUCUCUCUGUGUCUGUGCUGGGGAAAACAGAGGAGGCAGGGGGAAAAAACAUGGGUAAUGAGUACAAUCGCUUCAACCAACAGAAUCUGCAUCUCUAUCCAAGAACUACAUUUUUGCCCAUGUUUUGUUCAAGGACGUCUAUCAAAGAUGUGGUGCUUCCGAGAUGGGAAGACCGGACGGCGUCCUUCUCCGGCGACCCUUUGUCGCCGAGAAUAGGUUGCAUGGGCCAGGUCAAGAGGAACAACAAAGUAGUUGGCUUCCCGACCAAACAUAAUACUAAUAACAACAACAACAACAACUACAACAAUCACAACACUGUUGUUAAGUACUCCAAGCUCAAGAAACUCUUCUCCAGCAGAAAUCUAGCCACACCCACUACCGCCAGCUGUCGAAGCGGGAGACAAGUGAACGAGAAUAUCGGAGGCGAGCCGAAGAGAAAUCACCAUGGCAGUGACAGCUGUGUUUCUGUCAGCAUCGUUGAUAUGGAUCCUCCUCUGCCGGUGAUCAAGCGGGUGCAAAAGCCUGAAACAGGGGAAGGGGAAAAUCUUUGGAAGAGGAGAUCUGGUGGGGUAGCCCUGAAAACUCUACAGCUUCAACAAAUUCAUCAUCCCAAGCAUCAUCUUCAACCCACAACUGUUUGAUGAGAAAGCUUCAUUUGGAGAAAAUGUAAAUGUUUUGGAUCUUAAUUAUUUUCCAAAUUUGAAUAUCGUUAAUUUGAAUCUGUGUUCAAAGUUUGGUGC